AGUCUGCUCUGUCUGUCUCCAUGGCGAAACACAAGGCAUUCACAUUUACUAUAUUAGCAAUGUUAUUUGUUCUUGUACGCUUUUCAAUAUCCUUGCAUCAAGCGCCUACGAACCUGGAAGAAAGUUCAAAUGUGUUCCCAUACCAAGAUACUGUCAGUACUGGAAAUGGGGGUAGGAGUGGCCAGUCUGUCACUGGGGGUACGAGUGGCCAGUCCAUCAGAGCCUCACAUAGGGGUCCCUCCCUGCAGGACCCAGACCAGGGAGCAGGCACACUGAAGAGGACAAUCAGGAAGCUCCUUCAGACCUCGAACCCAACCCCACCCACCCCAUUCUCUCCUCUAAAACUCACUGAGAAUGGGAAGACCUGCAUCCUCUUCUGGGCAAAGAAGCUGAUCGUGAAACUAAGAAACCACACCCAUGUGGACCUGACCGACCGGGCAUUCAGCCCAAACGCCAGAGUGGACCUGAAAGGAUCAAGCUGCAAUGGGGAGAAAGCAAUGCUCUCUCUGAGAUUUGGGGAUGUGGCGGAUUUGAAGGGGCUGGUAAUAAGUUUUCUCCUGUCCAACACUUACUACGAGUCGACUGCUCAGAGCUGGUUCAGCCUGGACUCUGUUCACAUCCUAUACAACAGGUCUAAGGAAGCCAGCUUCAACGCCACGCAGAUCUACGCGCCCGCCGUGUCCUCCUACCACUGCCAGCAUGUCAGCAGCCUGCACAAGUACGACACGCUGCUGGAGCCCAGCUCCCACAGAGACUCUCUGCUGUGGCACAUCACCUUCAUCGACUUCCAGAUUCAAGCCUUCAAUGUGGAGGGGGGCCGGUUCUCCCCAGCCAGUGACUGUGCUUCGUUCUUCACCCCGGCCAUCCUCAUGGGGCUGCUCAUGUCUCUGAUCCUGCUGCUGGUGCUGGCCUACGCGCUGCACAUGGUGCUGCACCUGAAAUCCAUCGAGCAGCUCGACGAACACAGGCCCUCUGUCUACCUGGAGAGCGAGGCCGAGAGCGAGCCCGGGGACAAGGAACAGGCUGGCCAGUGAAGAGGGCGCUAUCAAAACGCCAGCUCCAUCUCUUUAUGAUGUUUGCAAUCAUUCCGAGCGGUGCUGUGGCAAAUGUUUUUUAACCCUUAAUCUAUAUUAGAUCACCUGGUUGCCAUCUUGCUUGCAGGUCUGUGUUGUUUGCCUUGUUUUUUUCAUGUUUUCAUGAGAUGUUGGGCCCUUUCAACUGUUCAACCUGCUACUGCGCUGACCUUCACUGAGCUGAACUUUACUGAGCUGAACUUUACUGAGACCUUCACUGAGCUGAACUUUACUGAGCUGAACUUCACUGAGACCUUCACUGAGCUGAA